UUAUUUUUGUACGAUUAGCGCGCCGAAAACUUAUUUAAGAGAUCUUAGGCGAUGCGAAGUUUUUGGCUUGAUUUUUUCUGAUAAAUUAUAAUUUUGUGAAAGGAUUUUGACGAAUGAGAAAUUCAGAAUGUCGAUGGCACCUAUAGGAAAUUUACCUUAUUGCAAGGGACUAUGGUCUGUGAUAUCUGGAACUACAUGCCGUUGUGACAAGGAGCUCGUCGAAGAUGAAAUAAAAAAUGCAACAGUAGGACUAAGAGAUGGCUUGUCUUAUUUCAAACCUUUCACAGAGGUUUCACUGCAAGCUGUUAGCAAAGCAAAGUUACCUCCAAAAAUGUAUGAUCUCAUUAGCAAAUUAGCACCGCUUUUGAACUUAGAUGCUACAAUAUCAUGGGAUUUGGUAUGUAAUUUUAUGUUAUAUGAGUAUCGUAAUUGUGCAGAAACAUUUGCAUCACAACUCGCAGACUUGACUUCUAUGAGAGCUUUGAUUGAAGACAUAUGGAGUUUUUAUUACACAGAACGCAUUACACUGAUUAAAUGUUUAAAACUGAUGGUGGAGUACAGAGAGAAUGAAAGACACCCCCAUCGCAAUCAUUUUGUCAAAUUUUUUGACGAUAUUCUUCUUGGCAAUCUUCUAGAAUCAAUGAGGAAACAAAUAGAAGCAUUGAAAUUUAUAAAUCCACCAGUCAGAUCUCAACUAUUUACCGAUGAGCAUUUGCAUCAACUGUACAACAGUAGUCUCAUUGAGAUGCGCGAACUUUUGCAUAUUUUUACAUUGGUAUUGCACGAAGUACACGUAGCCGAAAAUGAAUUUGUAAAUAUUUACGGCAGUAUCAGCGGUGAGCCUCGUCGUCUUAUCAGCUCGAAAAGCCACGAAGACAAGGAAGCCGUGGCAAGAAAAAUUCAAGAAAUUCAAUACAGUCAAACUGCAUUGUUAGUUGUUGGGCUUGAUAUGAUGAAACAUACUGGCAUGGAAGAUUGGAUCAGAGAUGUUAGAGGUAGUAUGCAAGAUAUCAUGGAACAUAAAUAUUCAAGAGAUUCUACUCCUCAAGAUGGACCAUUGCUUUUGGCUUGGAUGUUGGCUAAUUAUGUGAUCGAGCCUGACAAUAAUGACACUAUUGUUAAAUACAGAUCUUUUGGUAUAAGAGCAAUUCAACUUAAUGUAUUUUACUAUUUGCAAGGACUGUUGAACAGUGAAAUGAUCAAAGAGAAAACUCAGUAUUCUAUUACUGUGAGAGGCAGUAUUUAUAAUCUACUGACUUUGCUGUGUGCAUUUGUAGAUGAAGACAAACUCGAUACUUUUCCAGGUGUGUUCGAUGCAUGUGCAGCUGUCUUAAGUUUUCCCGAAACAGCCGAACGUUUCUGGCAAGAAAGGAAAGACAGUCGUGGUUUAUGGCCGAUUGUACAUUACUCCAUACAGUGGUUCCCUUAUCGAUUCGAGCCUCUCACAAACAUCGCUAAUGGCCUAGCUAUAGCUUCGAAAUCCAGUGCUUUGAAAACUAUUGAAAUUCUAGAGAAUCUACCAUCAAUCACGCUCGAGGUAUCUCGUCACACGUUCAACGUCGAGAUGCAGAGAAGACCGUACGAGCAACAAUGUGUGAUUCAUCAUAAUUCUUUCUUGAUACCACCAAAUUGCCCUUACGUGAAAAUCAAUGCCAACCAAAGAAAUACAACGAGAGACGAAUACGAAGUGAUUUUAUUCCAGAUCAAAGCCAAUUACUGGGAUGCAUUUCACCAUAAGAUCGAACUGCUUUUGCUUGCAGCCAGUGGUGGUAUCAUCAAUCUGAGCGAGGAUACUAAUGCAUUGCCAGAUCAAGUAUCUCAAAGUUUCGGUUUAUUAGAAAUAUUUCUAGAUAAGAAUAUUGAUAUAUCACCAAGUAUGGUCAUACCUACGGAACUGAGCUUCGAGGUUGUUAAUCGAUUCUCUUAUCCAGUUCUACCACUCAACAUUUAUAAAGUCGUAGCAGCUUGCAUAAAAGUCUCAUCAAAGCUAGUCCUACGUUAUCCGGAAGACGUACUUUCUCGGAUGCGUUCGGGUGUCUAUCCUCGCUUUGACGAUCGUUAUCAGAAAACCGACGAAUUCGCUCAAGCUGUGUCCUUCGAUGGUGGUCUCGUGGCUUCAUGGCUUUCGAGUAUCGAGACGAUCCAACAUAGUUACCCAAUUCUCGAUGCCUAUCUUGACACUUUGUCCAACUAUCUUGCAAUAAGACACAGUAAAGAAGCCUUAUACGCCGUGGAAAUCCCUGGCAUGAUUAUGUUGCUGCAAAGUGUUUUACCAAAGCUCGACUCUUGGUACUUUGCUUCGGAGUUAGAGCGAGUUGAAUUGUGGCUUAAGAGUGUGUACUGUCUGCAUAGAGCCUUGGACGUUACUCCCGGAAAGAAGGACGAGUCGAGGAGUGAAUUAAGAAGAAUUGUCACGUACAAUCUUUUGCAUCUCGAACCCAGGCAUGCUUUGUUGAAAUUGGUAAGAACCGGAGAGAAAGCCUUGAGAGUGAAGAUGAUGAGCGAGACUGAUUGGAUUGCUGGCAAAGGUUUCAAGGUUAUAAAAAGCGUGCAAUUAGCUCUAUCAGUAGUAAAUCGUCUUCUGCUAUACCGCAAAAAUUUGGGUAUUGACACAGAAGAACAUUCCCCGUUGGAGGCUGCACUCUACGCCUCGCCAUCCUUACCAAACGCAUUACUCAUUGUACCAACAAUUGUCGACUAUUUGUACGUGUGGUUCAGUCCAGCGUUGCAAGCGAUGGCUGUACGUUUAUUGAAAAAAUUUGCGGAAGGUUUCUCAAUGUCGUUGCUCGUUUGCAUGGGUAUGGACGGUACGGCCAUACGUGAAACUUUUGCCUCAAGACUGAUGUCGCCGACUUGUGGUGCCGAAGUGAAGGUUGCUAUUUUGGAGCUGGUUACCGUUUGCUUGGAUAAGCAGCCAGGUCUUACCGAGGCGCUAUUUAACAUAAUGCACCAAGCCGAGCGUAGACGAAUCUUCCCACGUCCAGCCGAUGAAUUCCUCACUGAAGGAUGCACUCGUUUUCUUGAUCUCUACUUAGAUCGCGUGCGGAAGGAGGAGGAUAUCAUCUACGAUCGACUAUACGAUAGUACGAUGAAUUUACUGCGAGCAAUGUGGUAUCAUCGUAACGAGAUUCUUGUCAGCUUUUUCCGCAAGCGACCCGAUUUCUGGAGCAAACUAUUCGCACCAAUUUUUCGCAAACUCGUGCCCCGGGUACGUGGUUAUUCGCAGUUAUUAGACAUCGUUACUUUAGAGUUGUUUAAAAGUCUGGUGUUGGAGAAAGAUUUUACAAUGAAUUUGCAAAAGUUGUUGAACGAUAAAGAACAACACUGGGAAAGUUUGACUGAAUACGUUUUCGAGAGCAUUCCCAUGCCUACGGAGGAUAUGCAGCAAAAUUUUCAGGAUGAUGAAGAGCAAGUGAUAACUGAAAAAGAUGCCGGAGUACAUCCAUUGUAUGAGACAAACCUUGAGUCCUGGUAUCAACUGCUAAUGGUCCUAACUGGCGAACGCACUGGUCACGAGUAUACAAUUGGCGCAAAGCAAGCUCAAAUUACAACAAAUCUUGCACUUCAACAUUUACUCUUGCGUCUCAAACAAUUACCAUCUAACUCAAAACGCAAUCGUUUGGCUCACGCCAAACUUACGAUGUUACUCGCAUCGAUUUCACUGCGUUGCUUCACUGCCUGGCAUGACAUGUGCAUUGGUGAUUUUAAUCCUGAAAGCGAGCUCAACGAGAAAUUAUCCGAGGCGAUGCAAGAGAUCAGCCAGUCAUAUCGUGGUUAUGGAAGACCGCUAAGACAAACCCUCGUGGCACUUUUACUCUGUUGGAUCGACUUAGACGAAAAACAUCUACGCAUGAAGAGUGAAUUACUGGAAUAUCUAUUGAGUCAAGCGUGUACUUUGGCUGGUGGCGACGUGGAUGAACUGAGAGAAAACGCAAGGAAUCGAGAAAAAAGAAAGAAACCGGAUAACUUCAAAGAAGAAGAGUUGAAGAGAGAGGCUGAAGAAGCUACUGCUGUUUGUGAAUGUAUCCCUGCUACGUUGACCGUGUGUCUUGUGACGAAAUUGUUAAAAUUCAAGAUGGAACUGAAAGUCAAAAAGCGCUCAAAAUCACCACCUUUGCAAUUAAGGCAGUUGAUGCCGGAAUUGUUAAUAACUGUGGGCAUGACUCUGCAGAAACAUCCUUAUAUCAAAUUCAGCAAAGCUGCUUUGACAUUGUUGAGUGCUAUCGUUAGGUCCUUUCACGUAUCGAUGCCAUUGGAUGAAGAGGCAAUCGCCAAACUUUGGCUGGCACUCAUACCUCCUAAGGAUAUAAAGGGUAGUCUGCAAGAUUGUUUAUACGAGGACUGUCCAAGUAAUACAAGUCAAUGGCGCUGUCAAGACUGGUGGCCACUUUACACCUGUGGUUUAGAGUUCAUCACGAGUUUAGUGUCAUCACGCGAACCAUCAUCUUACGUACGCCCAACAGUUUUAUAUCUCGGCUCACACGAACACCUUCUGAUGGAAGCGUCGACACUGUCAAGACACACGGCCGAUCCAGUUGCUGCCGAUCUGAUCCAGUCACUCGUUUCUCUAAUCGCCGCCUUAAGUUUGAAGCCUAUCUUCUGGCUGUCCGUUCAUCCGAGCAUCAGAGAAACUCUCAUCAAAUGCAUGUACUUUUCGUACGACAGUACAGUCAAUCUACUCCUGCGUCCACGUAUCCUGAAGUUCAUAAUCGACGGCAUAAGCGUGGAGAGUGCCGAAGAAUUACAGAGUUGUGACGAGCGACAGCUGAGCGCUGAAUUGAGACUUCUCGUCAACAAACUGAUACACAUUAACACCUGUUGUGCUCAGAGUUUCAUCAGAUUCUCUCCGAGGAUUAAUGCUUUAGUCGAUACUAUCAACGCUCAAGAGGACUUUUGGUACGCUCCUAUGGCCGAAAUGAAUUUCGGACCACCGCAGAUGUCGAUGACUUCGGGUCCUAGUCUGACAUAUGGAACGAUCAUCAGUUCAGCUCAACUCUUCACGCAAGCUCAGUGGCACGCAUUGUUCUCCGGCAACACCGCUACAUGUGGACCCAGUCAAUCUUUCCGCAGAGACCAACCGGAUCAAAAUGACAUCAAUCAAAACAGCAGUUCUUUGAAUACAACGUUGAAAGGCAAAGACGACAAAAUCGAUUCGGCGCGUAGGGAAUGGGAACUGGCGACCCCGGAGAAUUUACGUCGAAUGCACGCAAAGGAUUUGCGCAAGAUGCUGUACAGCGGCUCCUCGAGUGGUUUGGGUGCAUCAGUACUGGCAAGCUCCUCGUCGUCGAGACUUGGUUACGAUCUCACAGUGCCAUUAUUAAGUAGUCCAAGGUUAAUAAAACGACCAUUCGAUCCGUUGAUUUGUGAGAAUAUGAUUCUAUCGCGAGCUACAACAUUAGGUACCCGACCUGGUCGUUCGCACGUCAGUAGUGCCAGUAGUCCUGGACCAACGCACGACGGGAAAUCUAAAAGUCCUAUGAGAGAUAUGACUAAUGGUACCGACCCGUGGUUCGAUUCGAUGGAAGAGAAUAAUACAAGAUUAGCGCUCGAAGUAAAUUUGGUGCUGAUACUUUGUCAAGCAUUGGAAGGCGUAAGAAGUCCAAGACUAGCGAUCAGAGAUCGACAAUUGAUUGGACGAGAGACUGCGACAGAGCUAGGUUUGUUCUUCGAAUUUUUAGAGCAUCGAGCACAACAAAAAGUACCCGACUGGACGAUAGCCGCGACUCUUCUUGAUUCCGAGGCUAAAAAUACGAGGUUGAUUUAUCCCGAUGAAGAGGCUGAUAAGAGGUUACCAGUUAGACUCAAGGAAGGUAGCACUAUACACAAAGUACCUAUUCGCUCAUUAGGAGACAAAGAAGGAAAAGAAACAAGAUCGAAAGAAGAUACUGUGACUACUGGAGUAUUCAACGUUAAAAUUGAUACUAGCCAAUUCCUUGGAUUGCUCGGGAAACUUGUUAAGUCGGUUGUUGAGUCACUCGAUUCAGCACAGUUUGCUUGAUCUACCCAAGUGUAGUUAGUGUAUAGAACAAUAUGAGAGAGCACCGUGUUUUUGAUGAGUUCAUGGAAUGACAAUAAAAUGAAUUCAAGCGCAAGCUAUGUUUCGUGAUAACAUUCAAAAUGCAAUGUAAAGUUUGAUAGUAUUUUUUUUAAUUUGAUGUAUCAGUGAAAAAGAAUGUGAUUAUAGACAAUUUUUUUUUGUAACGAAACUGACAAUGUUAUUUAUAUUCCCACAACUUCUGAAGUCAAUUGUAUUUAUUGUUGAUAACUGAUUCAAUAAUGUAAGUAAUAUUUUUCCAAUAAAUCAUGUUUUUCACAUAUAAAAGUAUUCUUU